UGAGCUUAUGGGGUUAACAGUGAGCUGCCUGUUACUAAGCAGCUGUUUGGUUUUCUGAGAUUUUUAAAACGAGGAUUUGGCAAAAAUGAACACCUGUUACAUCUGGUAUGGAUAACAAGCCCCUUGAGGCAAGAUAACCUGCUAAUCAGUGUUGACAUGUAUGAGAAAAGCCAUUAUCAUCUGUUGAAUUUUUAAAUCUGUUUCACUCUCACUUUAUUUCAGUAAGCUUAAAUGUCUGUGAACAAGGUGCCUGUAUCUUUGGGAGGGAACACUACUGCUUUGUGUACUGUGUUGUCAAGAGUGGACUGAUAAUCCACAGCAAGUCAGUGCCUUGAUUUGACUUCAAUGGAUGGUGUUGAAGAGUACCUGCUCCCAUCAUCACUGCCACAACUGCUAAAAUGGAGGUGGUUUCAGCAGAAGUCAACAACUUGCUCCCUGAGGAAAUAAUGGACACCGGUAUAACUCUUGUGGAAGACGACAGCAUUGAGGCAGUUAUCGUGUCAUCGCCUAUGGGAGAUUCUAUUCCCAUGGAAACAGAACUGGAAGAAAUAGUGAACAUAAGCUCCACCAGCGACUCCUCAGCUACGACUACAGUCACAGUCUCCACAGAAUCGGUUACGGCACCCAGCAAUCACUCAGGCGACACAACAGUGAACGCUACAACCCCAAAAGCUGAUGUGAAUGCAGUAGUAAAGCCUGCCUUUUCAAGCGGCCUCCAUAAACUUGGUGCUCAGACCCCUGUCACUAUAUCAGCCAAUCAGAUUAUUCUGAACAAAACUGCCGAUAUUAAAAUAGGCAAUCAGAGUAUUAAGCCAGAUGGUCAAAAGCUAAUUGUAACAACUUUGGGCAAGUCCGGCCAACCUAUUGUUUUAGCAUUACCCCACAGCCAACUCCCACAGGCACAGAAGGCCACAUCCCAAGCUCAAGGUGGAGACUCCAAGGUACAAGGCCAGCAGAUCAAAGUUGUUAUUGGAGGUCGGUCAGAAGUGAAACCUGUUGUUGGUGUCUCAGCUUUGACGCAAGGAAGUCAGCUGAUAAACACUGCGGCUCAGCCUUCUGUUUUGCAGACCCAGCAGUUAAAAACAGUACAGAUUGCAAAGAAGACCCGAACCCCAACUUCAGGUCCGGUCAUCACCAAGCUAAUCUUUGCAAAACCAAUCAAUAGCAAAGCAGUUACAGGGCAGACUACUCAAGUGUCACCAGUCAUUGCAGGUAGGGUUCUUUCACAGUCUGCUCCAGGAACACCACCAAAGACAAUAACAAUCUCUGAGAGUGGAGUCAUUGGAUCAUCUCUGAGUACAACAACACAACAGACACCAAAUAAAAUAGCGAUCUCACCACUCAAAUCCCCUAAUAAGCUAACAGUGGUGUCAGUGGCCUCCCAGCCUCCCAACUCACCCCAGAAGACGGUGGGUGUCCCACUGAAUGUAGCGUUAGGACAGCAGAUCCUCACAGUGCAGCAGUCAGCGCCCUCCUCCCCUGGGAAGGCUAUAGUCAACCACACAACUGCCCAGGGUGUGAAAUCAGCAGUGCAGACCAUUACUGUAGGAGGAGUGGGUACAUCUCAAUUUAAGACAAUUAUUCCCUUGGCAACUGCACCUAAUGUUCAACAGAUUCAGGUACCUGGAAGCAAGUUCCAUUAUGUCAGACUUGUUACUGCCACAACAGCCAAUAGUUCAACCCAAUCAGCCAGUCAAAAUCCCAGUACAAAUACACAGCCUCUUCAACAGGCGAAGCCAGUGGUGGUGAAUGCAACCCCAGUGCGGAUGUCUGUUCCCAUAGUGCCAGCACAGACUGUGAAACAGGUGGUGCCCAAACCGAUUAACCCAACUUCCCAGAUAGUUACUACUAGUCAGCCCCAACAAAGACUUAUUAUGCCAGCCACUCCACUGCCACAGAUACAGCCCAACCUCACCAACCUCCCACCGGGCACUGUGCUGGCACCAGCACCGGGUACAGGAAACGUUGGCUAUGCAGUCCUUCCAGCUCAGUAUGUCACACAGCUACAACAGUCAUCAUAUGUAUCUAUAGCAAGCAACACUGGCUUUACAGGGACAUCUAGUAUCCAGUCACAAGCACGGCUGCCAUUCAACGGAAUAAUUCCUUCUGAAUCUGCAAACCGGCCGAGGAAGCCUUGCAAUUGUACUAAGUCUCUAUGUUUGAAAUUGUAUUGUGAUUGUUUCGCAAAUGGUGAAUUCUGCAAUAACUGCAACUGUACAAAUUGUUACAACAACUUGGACCAUGAAAAUGAUAGACAAAAAGCAAUAAAGGCCUGCCUUGACAGAAACCCUGAAGCCUUCAAGCCCAAAAUAGGUAAAGGAAAGGAAGGAGAAUCGGAUCGAAGACACAGCAAAGGGUGUAACUGUAAACGCUCAGGAUGUCUCAAAAACUACUGUGAAUGUUAUGAGGCAAAAAUCAUGUGUUCUUCCAUAUGCAAAUGUAUUGGCUGUAAAAAUUUUGAAGAAAGCCCAGAGCGAAAGACACUGAUGCAUUUAGCAGACGCUGCGGAAGUUAGGGUGCAGCAGCAGACCGCUGCAAAGACCAAGUUAUCUUCCCAGAUCUCAGAUCUGCUGACAAGGCCAACACCAGCACUCAGCAGUGGUGGCGGGAAGCUGCCCUUUACUUUUGUAACUAAGGAGGUAGCCGAUGCAACCUGUGAAUGCCUUCUCGCCCAGGCAGAGCAAGCGGAGAAGAUGGGCAAGUCAAAAGCUGCAGCAGAGCGCAUGAUCCUGGAGGAGUUUGGACGCUGUUUGAUGAGAGUUAUUAACUCUGCAGGGAAGUCCAAAAGUGACCCUUGUGCCAUGAACUGCUGACUCGUGCACAUGAGCCACAACGAAGCGGACUGAACAGAACACUUAAGGCACAGGGACACUUUUGUUUGGCAUAGAGGAUUUAAUAAUAUUUGUUAAUUUGGUGCUUGUUGUAAAUUGACCUGUAUAAGAUUGAAACAAGAAAAUCUUUUAUAACGAGA